AUGGCCAGCGGCUGCUGGGGCGGGGCCAUUCUCGACAGACAAGUGGACACAGAGAUCAGACAGGGAAGAGCCGUAUUUGCAGCCCUCACCUGGGGCCCUCCACUCUCCCCCAGCGCCUCUCAUGUCCACCAGAAGUCAGAGCUGAGCAACGCCACGUGGGGCGGCUCCAACGGCCACCCUGAGGCUGCGCUCUGCUUCCGCAGAGCCGGUGACACAGACCCGCCCUGA